AGAUGGAUGACAAAAUGCAACAUCCAGUGAUGGACAUGAAAAGUCAUCAGCAAAUACAACCUUCUAAAUAACAACGUGUCAUUUUAUAAGCGCACGGAUCGUAAAAUAUCAAUAUUAUAAUGACAUCACAACCGGAACAAUAACGAAUGUACAAUGUGUGACGCCAGGACUCCCGAGGAUCAAGCUGCGCUCCCUCCUCCCCUCGGCCUCGCCCGCCCCGACUUAUUUAAGCGUGGCGGCGCAGGGCGGAGAGCAGUCGCGGAUUCGGGAUCCGUCCGAGCGUUCAGACUGGAGCGUUCGUGGUACUCGUACACUCACUGGUUCCCCAUGGCGUCCUCUCACGUGAUGAAGGACGAGCGGGAGGAGGCGCAGCCUGCGCCCGCCAUGCAACCCGCCAUGAUGAUGUUCUCCAGCAAGUACUGGAGCCGUCGCGGACUCUCCUUCGACUCGGCCAUGUUGGACCGGGGCCCGCCGCUACGCCACACGGGUGGCCAGAUGUCGCGUCGCCCGUCCUUCAGUCCCAUCAGCGAGACCGAGGGUGGACCCAGUCAAGCGGUGGUGUUCUCCCUGAAGAACGAGGUGGGGUGUUUGGUUCGAGCGCUGCGACUGUUCCAGGAGAAACGCGUCAACCUGAACCACAUCGAGUCGCGCUCGUCCAAGCGUGCGGCCAACGAGGUGGAGAUCUUUGUCGACUGCGUUUGCAGCAAGAAGGACUUCAACGAACUUCUGGAGGUCCUGAAAGAUCAUGUCAACAUCCUGUCCUUCAACACGCCGGCCCACGUGUGGGCGGAGCAGGCCGAUGAAGAAGACGUUCCGUGGUUUCCCAUGAAGAUCUCCGAACUGGAUCAGUGCUCCCAUCGGGUGUUGAUGUACGGCUCCGAGCUGGAUGCUGACCACCCGGGCUUCAAAGACGAACUCUACCGCCAGCGGCGCAAGUAUUUCGUGGAGGUGGCCAUGAAGUACAAGUUCGGUCAGCCCAUCCCCCGCAUCGAGUACACCCCGGAGGAGGUGCGCACGUGGGGCGUGGUCUUCGGGGAGCUCAACAAGCUGUACCCCACUCACGCCUGCAAGGAAUACCUGAAGAACCUGCCCCUGCUCAGCCAGCACUGCGGCUACCGGCACGAUAACAUUCCUCAGCUGGAGGAUGUCUCGCACUUCCUCAGAGAGAGGUCUGGUUUCACCGUGCGACCCGUCGCGGGUUACCUGUCGCCCCGAGACUUUCUGGCGGGUUUGGCCUACCGAGUCUUCAACUGCACGCAAUAUAUCCGCCACAGCACCGACCCGCUCUACACGCCUGAACCGGACACGUGUCAUGAGCUCCUGGGUCACGUUCCUCUGCUGGCCGAUCCAAAGUUUGCUCAGUUUUCUCAGGAGAUCGGUUUGGCGUCCCUGGGAGCUUCGGAUGAUGAUGUGCAGAAACUGGCCACAGUGAGUACCGUGGAUGCGUCACAGCAGUCCACGGUUGUUCUCUCGUGUCUUUGUGAUGCAGUUAUUGAUCUGCUCGGGUGUUUUUGUGUGUGUGUGUGUGUGCGCGUUCGUUGUCAGUGUUACUUCUUCACUAUUGAGUUUGGCCUCUGCAAGCAAGAAGGUCAGCUGAGAGCCUACGGUGCUGGUUUGCUGUCAUCCAUUGGAGAACUCAGGCAUGCUUUGUCAGAUCAAGCCUGUGUAAGGCCCUUUGACCCCAAGACCACCUGCAAGCAAGAAUGUCUCAUCACCACAUUCCAGGACAUUUAUUUUGUCUCUGACAGCUUUGACGAGGCCAAGCAGAAGAUGCGCGAGUUCGCCAAAACCAUCAAGCGUCCGUUCUCGGUGUACUACAACCCGUACACGCAGAGCGUGGAUCUCCUAAAAGACACGCGCAGCAUCGAGGACGUGGUGCAGGACCUCCGCAGCGACCUGACCACCGUGUGCGAUGCGCUCGGCAAGAUGAACACUUACAUGGGCAUCUGAGCGCCGUGCCGUGCUCCUCCAUGAGCCCUUCAAACAUUCCAAUCAAAUCGAAUGAAGAGGGCUUCAAGAUAUCAAAGAUAUUGUACGCAUUUCAU